UACUUCAUUGCUUCCACUCUAGAGGCUAACAUAAACACACACACAUAUAUUCUAAUCAUGUAUGUUCUUCACAUGAACGUAGGAGAAGGAGAGACUAGCUAUGCCAAAAACUCACUAAUUCAGAAGAAGAUAAUAUACGUUGGUAGUUCAAUGAUGGAAGCUGCCAUUUUUAACAUCUUGUUGGAGGUGAAACCAAAAAGCAUGGGAGUUGCGGACCUGGGGUGCUCUUCUGGACCCAACGCGUUGACAGCGAUCUCUAGAAUAAUCCACAUGGUUGAUGCUGCUAGCCAGAAGAUGGGCUUACCUGUACCUGAAAUAAGGGUGUCACUUAAUGAUCUCCCUGGCAACGACUUCAACGGGGUGUUUAAGUCAUUGCCCGAGCUUUACAACAACUUGAAGGAUGAUUAUGGUAUUGAAGAUUGUUAUGUUUGGGGCGUGCCAGGAUCAUUUUAUGGCAGGUUGUUUCCUGGCCACAGUCUUCACUUUGUUCAUUCUUCUUCAAGCCUCCACUGGCUGUCUCAGGUACCGUUGGAUUUGAAUCCUAGGGUUGGAACCCAUUUGAACAAAGAUAAAAUAUACAUCUCCAAGAGUAGCUCAAUGAGUGUUAUAAAAGCAUACCAACAACAGUUCCAAGACGAUUUCUCGUUGUUUUUGAGGUCACGGGCCAAGGAAAUGGUCAGCAAGGGUCGGAUGGUUUUGUCAUUCAUGGGUCGGCGGUCCCCAAACCCAUGUGCAGAUGAGGCUUGCUACCAAUGGGAGCUUUUAGCUCGCGCCUUGAUGAGCCUUGCUUUAGACGGACUUGUUGAAAAGGAAAAGAUUGAUUCAUUUAAUGCGCCUUACUAUGCACCAAGCCCGGAAGAAGUGAAAUGCCAAGUUGAGAAAGAAGGAUCUUUUGUAGUGGUUGAUGUUAAGUCAUUUGGGAUAGAAUGGGAUGAUGGUGACUGGACUAAUUGCAAGAUAUCAAGCGGCAAUCGAGUCGCUAAAACCAUCCGAGCGGUGGUGGAGCCGAUGUUAGAGAAUCAUUUCCAUCUCGGGGUUGAAAUGAUGGAUGAGUUGUUUAGAAGAUAUGCUAAAAUCAUUGACGAUUGUUUCUUGGAAACAAAAUUCAAGUACAUUAAUUUAAUCAUUUCUUUCGUGAGAAAGGACUAAUCUAGUAUCGUGUUCCAAAGUUUCCUUCUUCUUUUCAUACGUUGUAACUUUUUCCAUGAAGGAGAAUUUCAAAGA